CGCCUGCCUUUUCCACUCCCUCCCACGUCCCAAACCACGCCGUUCGCCAGCUUCCCUCCGUCCUCGCCCUGAGUCGCUUGCUCACAUCCUUUUUUGCAAUGGCCUCCGCUAUUCCUCCCAUUACCGGCAUGCUCCGCCGGGGUCUCGUGCUUGACCUGAGUACCGCUUUUGGUUUCGGUACCACCUUCGGUUAUCUCUGGUGGUACGGCUUCCACCUCGAGCGCGUCCGCGAGCGUGACACCUACUACGCCAAGCUCGACCAGGAGCGUGCCUCGCAGAAAUAAAUUC